AUUUUACUCAUACUACAUAUAGACUGAAUAGAACUGGCUACCGCGCUACUACAUUGUACACGCACCAAAUAUAAGCAUCAUCAUCAUUGUCCGCUAUACACCGUAUUUAUUGAGCUCUAUGUAAAUUUGGACACAUCAUACACGACAACCGUUUUUUCAAAUUAGUUAACACACAUAAAUUAUUUAACAAAAAAAAAGAAAUAUGAUGAAACAAUACAUUUUUGGGAUGGCAUUGCUGUCGCUAAUUUGUUUCGGCGCAGCAUUUAAAGAAGAAGACUGCGAAGUUUGCGUAGCCACAAUUAGAGAAUUCAACGCAACAUUGACAGAAGACAUCAGAUCAAAUCCAAUGAAAAUUGAGGAAGCAUUCAAACAAUACUGUACCACUGCCAAAUCAAAACAACAGAGACUGUGUUACUACUUGGGCGGUUUGGAAAUAUCAGCAACCGGAAUUUUGGGUGAGAUGUCAAAACCAUUGAGUUCGCAUGUGCCACCGCUCAGAGUGUGUGAAAAACUGAAGAGAUUGGACGCUCAAAUUUGUGAUCUGCGUUUCGAAAAACAAAUCGAUUUGUCAGCCGUGGAUUUGAAGAAGCUCAAGGUGCGCGAUCUCAAGAAGAUUCUCAACGAUUGGGACGAGAUUUGUGAUGGUUGUCUUGAGAAGACAGACUAUAUUCGCAGAAUAGAAGAAUUGAAACCAAAAUAUUACAAAGAAACAGCGAAGACAGAGUUGUAGAGCAAUUUUUUUUAUACACAAGAUUGAUAUUUAUAAUAGACAUUUCUUGGUGUUGUUCAGCCGAAAAGGGCCAAACCCCUCUAAAUCAUUUCCAUCAAAUUAAUUUGAACAAAACAAUAGAGAGAAAAAAAAACAUUCAACCAAAAAAAGAAAAAUGAGACACCAGCCAACGCAUCCAGAACUGCUAAAUCAGGUUAUUAACAUAAAAAACAAAACAAAAAGAAAAUGUAUUUAAGAAGAAAGAAGAAAAGGUUAUGAAAAGAACUAGCAAAUAAAUGAAAAUAACAAAUACAAUCAAUUAUUUAUAAAGA